UCAGAGAACGAGAUAUUGCAAACCAGCCAAUCGGGGGGACGUUGUUUGUCGAUUCCAAGAAGCGUCCUCUCCACAGACAAAAGUCGAGAUUUAUCUCGGAAGACAUGUAACCUCGCACGGUAAUAAUGAAGUACCGCUUUAGAGCAUCGUAUAGGCUUGUGUCUUCGUUGCUCAAAAACACCGUCUGAAUGUUGUUGUAACGUCUCGAAAGAAUGAAAACCAGGGAAUCGCCGCCGCCAGUUCAUGUCCAUCUACCGGAGACCACACCAGUAACGUUACAUGUUCAUAUGAGGAGGAGUCCCAGCAACACCCCACAGAAUAGGACAAACGAUGCCCAGGUGGUGAGAAAUGGAGGGAGGCCAAAGGUGCGAACCCCGUGGAUUCCUCCAGGAAGACUGUCCUGUCGAAGAGAUGUGGGCUCAUACAAGUGUCAGAGAAGCAGACUGCAGCAUCAGUCGGAAAGUGGAAGCGGACAUCAGCAUGAUGCAGAGGAGCAGGGCGAGGAGCUGGCGGCAGUAUCGAAAAACCUCAGCAUCCUACUCAGAGAGCAAGAAAGCACUCGUGGUUUGAAGAAGUCAGAUUCUAGGGGUCAACACAGAGAGACAGACGUGCUCCUGAGGGCACUCGUAGAAGCAGAAAUUGACGGUGUAGCCGUAGCGAAUCAGCUGACAGCCCUGAAGGAAACUGUCGAUGGUCUUUCUAAGGACAAGCGGCUUUCAAAAUUGCAUGCAGCCUCACUGGGACGGCAGCAAGAGUUGUUGUUAGAGAAGAUAGAGAUGUUUGACCACACAAAUCACAGCCUUCGAGAGCUCCUCAGAGAGUGGAGUGAAUAUGAGAGAGAAUCACUGAUGUGGUCGGAACAGAAAGUUGCCUUAAAGAAGAGAAUGGCUGAUAGUGAAGCAGAGAACAUUCGACUUUUGGCCAAACUCACCAACAAGGAGAAGGAGGCGUCUAAGCUUGCUGAGCAUUUGGACUUUGAAAAGGACAACGCAAAGACGACGGCGGAGCUUUCAAGAAUCCUGCAGUCAACCCGCGACCAUCUGGAGUCUGAGCUGAACAGAACAGAAGCUGAAAAGGCCCAUCUUGCUGCUCAGAUUCAGAGGAUGCAGCAGAGCCACGAGGAGCAGCAGGAGGAGCUGCAGGCUCUGCAGGAGGAGCUGCAGACUCUGAGGCAGAGGCGACAGGAGGAGAAGGAGGAGCUGGGGCGGCAGGACCAGGAGACGCUGGCCCUGCUGACCGAGCAGGCAGAGCGGACCGAAGAGUCCGCCAGACAGCUCGCGGUAAAACUGCAGGAGAAGGAAUCCCAGCUGGCUCAAGCUCUGUCCACCUCCAGUGACUGGUGCCUCCGCCACUCUAAAGAGGCAGCUGCGAAAGGACAGCUGGAGGAGGAGAUCUCUGCUCUCAAAUUUCAGGUGACCGAGCUGAACUCUCGGCUUCAUUCAGUGGAGGAGAGGAGUCGCACGGAGAGGGAGGAGCUCAGGGAUCAGCUUCAUCAACUCAACGCUGAAAACACCUCCGCCAAGCUGGACAACCAAAGACUCAAGGGUCAGUUGACCUCAUCUGAGGAGAAGCUCCGAGGUCUGCAGUCUGAAGCCCGUCAGCUGAAAUCAUCGAUCAAAAAGCAUGAAAACUUGGUAGAGAAAUACAAGAAGAAGGUUCAGCAGGCUCGUUUGGAGUCGGAGGAGUACCGCCUGAAGCUGGAGAUGACACAGAAGGAGGCACAGGAGGUGAAGGUGAGCCUGGAGAGGGAGAAGGAGCAGGUUAGGAGGGAGCUGCUGGGCCGGCUCAGAGAGCUCGAGACACUGCCCGCCAGGCUGAGGAGGACCGAGCAGCAGCUCAGGGACGUACGACAGGAGGCUGACGUCCACGAGAGGAGGAACGUGGAGCACAACUCAGCUCUCUCUGAAGUCAGACACAAGGUGGAACAGCAAGGCACUCAGCUGGAGACGUUUCAGCAGAGGAACCUGCUGCUACAGGAGGAGAACAACGCUCUCAAAGAGAAAAUUCACAACAUGGAGAGGAGGCUGGAGGACGUGAAGUUAGAAAACAAUGGGAUGUCUCAGGCUCUCUCCUCAAAGGAAGCUUCUGUCCAGUCCCUUCAACAGCAGCUGGAGGAGAAGACCCGAGAGUGCAGCGUCCUGUCCAGACAGCUACAACAAACUUUGGACGACGCACAGAGACAGGUGGACAACAGCAUGCAGAAGGUUUUGGCCAAAGAGAGAGCGUCUCAGUCUAAAGUCUUGGACUUGCAGAGUCAGCUGAGCAGAGCCAAAACAGAGCAGAGUCAGCUACAGCGAAGCAAGGAGGAGAUGCAGCGUCGUUUCCAGAAUCAGCUGCAGAACAUGAAGGACAGACUGGAGCAGUCAGACUCAACGAACCGCAGUCUGCAGAACUAUGUUCAUUUUCUCAAAACUUCAUAUGGAAACGUGUUUGGUGACUCUUUGCUUGCAAGCUGACUGCAAAAUUCUCCAAACUGACCAGCAUUCAUCCAUUCCUAAAGCAUUGUAGUAGACCUAAAUGACACUGACUACUACUGUUGACUUGAGUGUUUUAUAUACUGUAUUAAAUUUAUACAACUUUUUUGGAAUAAA